AUGCCUUCCUAUCCGCAGUUCACUUCGCCCACCUCGCCGCCGCACAAUCGAUUUCGGGAUCACAGCCCGACCAAAUCAUCCCCGCUUCGGCAUACCGUCUCAACGCGCUCCAAUACAAGUGAUACCGACAAAUCGUCCAUUCCAAGCCGGCAGCCGACCCUCAGCAGCAAUGCUAGCUCUGGAUACAGCGUACCUGGAUUCAAUGGAUAUGAAUCAUCCACCUCGAACGACCCGUUUCUGACGCGAACUAGUACCAAGAGGGAGCGUUCCGAGUCGCCAGUGAAGAAGAACGCGGCAUUCGCCAAGUGGGAGCAGCGCGAGCAGGCCGAGCAAGAGCAGCAACAGUUGCAGCGCUCGCCGACAAAGAUGGAUGUGACGCCGCGAAAGAUCAAAGACGAUGACUGGCGCGCGGGGAUCGGGAGGAGCGAAAGCAGGAGUGUGCUGCGGCCGGUGACACAAAAUACGACUCCAGAGAAAAUACCUUCGGCGCCCGCCUUACACAAACGGGCAGAGUCGAAGGAGAACAUCAACUACCGCCCGCCCAGUCAAGAUGGCAGAAUAUCGCCGUCUCCAACAAAAUCACCAUCCCACUCCAAGUCGUUCAGCGAGGACACGACUUUGACGACUCUGCGAGUCACAUCACCAGAGCUGCCGAUUUCGCCUCCCUCUCCAGGCCAUGCAAGAGGCAACAGCCUUGCGACUAUCUCCCGAUCGGAUUCGAUGCGCGCAAGUACGCGACCACGAGCGAAAGGACAUGUGCGAUUCACAUCCACAGACGCCACGACACCGCAACUGGAUGGCGCUGACUUCGAUCAGCUGCAGAAGUCUGCUGCCCCUCAGCUACGCCACCUUAGCAAGAUGGCGGCGGAAAGUGGGUCCAUCGAGGAGCUGAAUGUGCAUUCCGCAGAAGAGCAAGUGACCGGUCUGUUCGGUAGAAGGAGAUUGCAAAGAUCUGGGUCAGUCAAGGCAAGCACCAAGUCACAGUCUCAAUUUGCGUCGCAAUACGCCAGCACAAGAUGGAUGGACACACAGCGCAAGCACUUGCAAGCUUACGAGUACCUUUGUCACAUUGGAGAGGCGCGAGCGUGGCUGGAAGAUGUAUUAGAGCCGCAAGAGUUGCCUCCAAUUGUCCAACUUGAGGAGGCUCUUCGAGAUGGUGUCACUCUGGCGGAAGCUGUAGUUCGACUGGCACCCAAGCUACCGCCAGAUCAACAAAGGGCGCUCGGUUCCAAGCGCAUCUGGCGAGCAGCAACGCUCUCCUUUAGGCAUUCCGACAACAUCGCGCUCUUUUUCCGGUUCUUGUCCGAGAUAGAACUUCCUGAGUUGUUUCGGUUCGAGCUGGUCGAUCUGUACGAGAAGAAGAACAUACCUAAGGUCAUAUAUUGCAUACACGCACUAUCAUGGCUGCUCUUUCGGAAGGGCGUAGUGGAUUUCCGGAUUGGCAAUCUUGUUGGUCAGCUUGAGUUCGAAGAGCACGAGCUGGAGGAGACACAGAAGGGCAUCGACCGGAGUGGCGUGCAAAUGCCAAACUUCGGUGCCAUGAGAGAGGCCAUGCAAGUUGAAGAGGAGCCGCCACCACCCGAGCCGACUCCAGAAGAACUGCUGGCAGCACAGGAGAAUGUGGUACUCGAUCUUCAAACCCAAGUCCGAGGCGCGCUUGUGCGGCUACGAUUAGGUGGAAUGAUGCAGGAUAUGUGGGAUGCCGAAGAACAAAUUGCAUACCUGCAGGCCAUAGCACGAGGAGGCUUCGCCCGCGAGAUAUUCGAUUUUCGAUUCGCGAUGGACCUCUCAACGCGAAGAUUUCAAUCGGCAGCGAAGUCUUUCUUGAUCAGAGCUGGACAGCGUAAGAGGGAAUCCGUUUGGCGGGAGAACAAGACCGGCGUUGUCAAGAUUCAGAGUCUCUGGCGUGGAAAACAACAACGAGCUCAGACCAAAGUUAUUCGGUCGCAAUUGCGUGUACAUCGCCAUGGUCUCAAGGAUAUUCAAGCGGCCAUCCGAGGUGCCCUUGGACGUUGGCACGCGGGUGACCUCUGGCAUGAGACUCGGGACGAGAAGACGGAGGCUGUGGUAGAAGAAUUCCAGGCCCUUACUCGGGGCGCAUUGGAGAGAAUGAGAAUCGGGGCCAUCAUGAAUCGUCUCUGGGAUAUCGAAGCUUCCAUCGCCGACCUUCAAGCACUGAUUAGAGCUGCCAACGUGCGACGAAGAGCGGCAAAGCAACAUGUAGCCACUCGCCAGGCCGCUGUCGAGAUUGCAAGCUUACAAGCAGUAGCACGUGGCCUCAUUCAGCGAAAGAUGCAGAACCGAGAACAUGGGGAGCGGAAGGUGCAUGAGACAGGCGUGGUCGAGACUCAAGCGGCUGCAAGAGGUCUCCUUGAACGGCUUCGACAAGCACGAACGAUUGGCGCUUUACAAGGUCGUGAGUCGGCAAUUGUGAAGUUACAGACGCUGCUGCGUGCGCAAGCAGCAAGAUCACUGGCUGCGGAUACCAAAGAAGCGCUCGGCUCCCAGACCUCAACAGUGUCCACUCUGCAGGCUCUCGCAAGAGGACAAGCAGCGCGCGUGCGUACAGCGAACACCAUUUCGGCGUUGCGAUCCCAUAACGAGCAAGUUCUCUCGCUCCAGUCCUUCGCGAGGGCAAUGCUCCAGCGUAAGAGCAUCGGCGUUAAGCUCGCAGCGCUGGAAGAGCAUGAAGGCAUUCUCACGACACUGCAAUCCAUGGCCAGAGCAUAUGUGGCGCGACAGCGCAUCUUCGAGCAGCUCGUCGCAAUGGAGAAGGAAGAGGACUGUAUCAUUCAGCUCCAAUCUCUAUCUCGUGCCAUGCUUCUCCGGAGUCAGGUUGGCGAGACCUUGACUGGCCUCGAAGAGCACGAAGAAGCCAUCGUCGAGCUCGAAUCCGCACUGCGAGGGUUCAUUGUCCGAAGACACUUCUGUGAGAAGCGCAAGCACUAUCGCGAAAACAUGCAGAAGGUCAUCAAGCUACAAUCCUUUGUCCGUGCCAAGCAACAAGGCGAGAGCUACAAGUCACUAGUCAACGGAAAGAAUCCACCUCUACCGGUCGUGCGAAAACAUCUGCAUCUGUUGACAGAUUCGAACUUGGAGUUCGAGAGCGAGAUCGAGUCCGAGAGGAUGCGUCGACAAGUAAUCGAAAGCGUCCGUCGGAACGAGCUGGUUGAAAGCUACGUUGAGGGUCUUGAUGUCAAGAUUGCUCUGCUGGUCAAGAACAAGAUCACGCUAGACGAGGUCGUCAAGCACCAGAAGCACUUUGGAGGAUCUGCAUCUCAACUGCUACGCUCCGGGACAACACUGGGACAACACACCUCUGGGCUUGAUCUCAAGGCGCUUAACAAGAAUUCGCGGAAGAAACUGACGGGUUACGAGGAGCUGUUCUUCCUCAUCCAGACUCAGCCUCAGUACCUGGCCAGAGUGUUCAACGUUCUUACACACCGUGGCUUGGCCGAGAAGGAGAGCAAGAAUGUGGAGCGGCUGAUGAUGAUUCUUUUCGGAUACGCACAGAAGAGUCGUGAAGAGUACCUCCUGCUCAAGGUGCUCGCUACAAGUUGCCAAGAGACUAUCUCUCGUUGCCAGACCCUCGAAGACUACACCCGCCAGCAGAACGGCACGUUCCAGCAGCGCCUCAUACUUACCUACGUGCGAAGCCCAAAGGAGCGAGCAUUCCUGAAGACUCUUUUUGGAGGCAUGGUGAAAAACGGAAUUUGCGCGCAGGAUCAUUUAGACCUUGAGAGCGAUCCACUUCAAAUCUAUCGAGCCAUCUUGAACAACGAAGAGCUCUCCACCGGAAGAGCUUCUCAGCGUCCUAGAGACCUUCCCCGCGAGGUUGUCAUCCGACAAGAAGACGUCCGUCCGAGAUACGUGGAGCAUCUGGAGGACCUCCGUGAUCUUGGCGACGGCUUCUUCCUCACUUUGGAGGAGUGCCUACAUCGUGUGCCGUACGGGCUUCGCUUUCUGGCAUCCGAGCAACAUCGCGCCCUAUGCGGUCAAUUCCCCCGUGAAAAUCCAGGACACUUAGCGAUGUUUGUCGGUGCGUGGCUUUGGAGAACGUAUCUUCUGCCAGCUCUGCGGGAGCCGGAAAUGUGGGGAGUCGUCGACCGUGGUCUGAGUCCAGUGCACAAGCGUAAUUUGGCGCAGGUGGUUACGGUGCUAAGCCAAGUAACCGUUUUAGGGCGGUUGUUUGGCUCUGAGAACAUCUACCUGCAGCCACUGAACAAUUGGAUCACCGAGGCACUCGAUCGAUGGCAAGAGUAUCUGCAGCACCUUCUUGACAUUCCGCCUCCCGAACAACACUACGAUGCGGAUCAGUUCAGCGACUUAUAUUCCAGGACGAAGCCGACUCUGUACAUCAAGCUUGCCGAUAUCUUCACAAUCCACAGUCUUAUCGCUGACAACAUCUCGACUGUGGCGCCUAAUCGGGAUGACCAGAUCAAAGACUUGUUGACAGACCUGGGCACGGCGAAGAGCAACGAGAGCGACCUUGGAGGUGCGAGCAACGGAGGUGAGAUCACGUUAACGCUCAAGUCCAGGUUCACAGUGCAAGAGGAUCCCAACGCCGAAGCUCGCCAGCUGUUUACUGCAACAAAAAGGCUUGUCCUCUACAUCAUCAAAGUGCAGUCGGGAUCCAAUUUGAUGGAGAUCCUCCUCCGACCUAUCACGCACGAGGACGCAGACCGAUGGAUAUCGCUCGUGCAGGAGGAGCUAGCCGAAAGGGAUCGCGACCACCACCGCUCUGGACAUCGCAGGACACCAUCCGCUUUCGAUCCUCGUGCAUCGAUACGCUCUGCCCGGGCACAGUCAGUCUACUCAGAGGCGCCUUCGACCUUCUCAGAAGAUCGACGUGACCUGCUUGAUCUCCAAGGCAUGACCUACGCCGAGCUCAAGUCAACUGCAUUGGAGAACAUCUUGCAGCUUGAGCAACCACACAUACCACCACAGUUCCGCGUAAGCAGGCACAACAACUAUCAAGAGAUUCUGAAUGCUCUGGCUGCCGACAUCCGCCAGAAGCACCGGCGACGAUUGGAAAGGCAGCGGGAGACGGAACAGACUCGCGCCACGCUUCAGCAAUUGGACGCCAAGGCUGCUUUCUUGGAGGAUCAGCUGAAGAGCUACAACGAUUACAUUGAGCAAUGUCUCCACACACUGGCCAACAAGAAAGGCAACAAGCACAAAUUUAUCAUGCCUUUUACGAAGCAAUGGUCUCACGAGCGAGAACUGGAACGAGCUGGGCGACAACCAAAGUUUGGCUCAUACAAAUAUUCUGCGCGACAACUCGCAGACAAGGGUGUCUUGCUCAGCUGGCAGGGCCACUCGCCUGAGCAGUGGGGUAAUCUGAAUGUCGUCAUCUCAUCAGAUGAAGUUGGCGUCUUCCAUCUGGAGGCUUCGUCUGGAAGUUUGAUGCUGACCGGCGCUUCGGCGAAUCUGCUCCUGGAUGAUCUCUUACAGGCGCAGUACGACAACAGAGCGAGCAUCAGUGUCUUCCAGGAGAGUAAUGGAGCUGCCAAGCUUGCUGUGAAUUUGCUCCUGCAUCUUGUGUUCAAGAAGUUCUAUCGUGACGAAUGA